UCUGAAAAUGCGUGAAUCCAACAGUCUGAUGCUCCACACUGAAUCCAUUCAGUCAAUCUGAGCUACUUGGAGAGAGAAUUUGAGUAACAGCUCCUGAGAGAGGACAUCCCCUGCUCUGGAGGCUGGAGCCGGGACGACGCGGGACCAAGGCUGUUGAGGGCUUUUGUACAGAGAGAGGGACCUGAGUCACCUGCUUGAAAAAUGGCAUUUAGAUAGAGCCACGAUGAUCUGGACGAGAACCGCAGCAGGGAUGAACAUGACAGAUAAGUCAUCUUUCCUAGAGGAGGAACUGCUGGCCAACUCCACCUGGGACCACCCCUUCAGUCCUCAAAACUUUACCCUCACUCCUCCUUUUCUACAAGACAAGACGAGCACCCCCAGACCUGCAGCAUGCGAGCAGGUUCACAUCGCUGUAGAGGUUUUUCUGAUCCUGGGUAUCAUCUCAUUGCUGGAAAACAUCUUGGUUAUUACAGCCAUAGUAAAGAACAAGAACCUUCACUCCCCCAUGUACUUCUUUGUCUGCAGCCUGGCAGUAGCAGACAUGCUAGUUAGCGUGUCCAACGCCUGGGAGACCAUCAUCAUUUAUCUCCUGAACAACAGACAGCUGGUGGUGGAGGAGCACUUCAUCAGGCAGAUGGACAAUGUGUUCGACUCAAUGAUCUGCAUCUCUGUUGUUGCUUCCAUGUGCAGCCUGCUGGCCAUCGCUGUGGACAGGUACGUCACUAUCUUCUAUGCUCUGAGGUACCACAACAUCAUGACCGUAAGGAGAGCCGGCUGCAUCAUCGGAGGAAUCUGGACGUUCUGCACUGGCUGUGGAAUCGUCUUCAUCAUCUACUCUGAAACCACUCCCGUCAUCAUCUGCCUGGUCUCCAUGUUCUUCGCCAUGCUGCUCAUCAUGGCCUCCCUGUACAGCCACAUGUUCAUGUUGGCCCGCUCGCAUGUCAAACGGAUCGCUGCCCUCCCAGGCUACAACUCCAUCCACCAGCGCACCAGCAUGAAGGGAGCCAUCACCCUAACAAUCCUCCUGGGGAUCUUCAUCGUCUGCUGGGCUCCCUUCUUCCUCCACUUGAUCCUGAUGAUCUCCUGUCCACGCAACCUGUACUGCGUGUGCUUCAUGUCGCACUUCAACAUGUACCUCAUCCUCAUCAUGUGCAACGCCGUGAUCGACCCUCUGAUCUAUGCCUUCAGGAGUCAGGAGAUGAGGAAGACUUUUAAGGAAAUCAUUUGCUGUUACAGCUUGAGAAAUGCCUGCACCAACAUCUGUGCUCUAACUGGUAAAUACUGAGAGACAGAAAAGGUGGAGAUGAACGUCAGGACAGGUAGGAUGAACUGAAAUCAAUCUGACACUGGAGAAAAACAUUACAGACUCUAAAAUCAAUGCACUUUUUAUCAGGCGUGCUUUACCCCAAAUAUUAAAACGUAUGAGCUGCAAAGGAGACUGCACCAUUAAAAUGUGUCCUAAUGUUCUAAGGUACUGUAGCCACCACUUACACAAAGAGGCUAGUAUAUUAGGUGCAUUAUCUAAACACCCAGCAAGCAACAUCUGAAAUCACGAGUUAUUUGAAAAUGCGUCACAAAUAACUGGCCUGCUUUUCAUUUUCCCUGACAUUUCUAUUUUUUUCUUUUCUAAACAAUGGGAUUAUUAUUUUUUUAUGACUGAAAAAGAAAAAGAAAACAUUUUCUUUUCCCAAUAAUACUACUGAACUGUGAAGGUUGAAAGCCUCCUUAUAUAUGUGCUUUCAGUUACACCUCCAGUGUUGCUUUAGAGCACCGGACGUGCAUAUCCUUAGCAAUUAAGAUUACGUGCAUGAAUGAGUAGCCGGGGCUAUGAGUCAGCAUCAAGUCAAGUUUGGAAAGGAAGCUGUGUUUCCGGCUACUGCUGUUUUUCUGCUGUGACCGCAACAUUAACAGGAACUCCAGCCAAUUCAAAUCUGUUUUCAGAUGUUGGGGAGCAUACACGGAGAAGGUCAUGUUAAGACUUGUGAUGUCAGCAGAAGAAGCUAAAUGGGACCUGAACACUCCUGGAGACCAAAAUUUGUGAUUUUCAAAACCUAAAUUUAAAAAAAUUAUAAAUCUUUUUCAGUGUGAGCAAAA